CAAAUAUCUGACCCGGAAGAGUCUCUCUCUCUCUCUCUCUCUCUCUCUCUCUCUCUCUCCUCAAAGUAACAAACCUUCAAAGAAAAAUCUGCGAAAAUCGAAUCAGCCUGAGAAGCUUCUUCAUCCUCAAUACUUCGAUUCCACGCAUCGAUCUCGCAUCAAUCCAACGCCAGUUGAUCGAGUUUUUCUCAAUCCGAUCAGCUAAAGUUAGGGUUUUUGAUAAUUUCUGAUCCGAUCCACGCUCCUUCAAAAUUGGGGUGAUGAAAGUCGAAUGAAGAGAUUUGGAUCUUCUCGUAGGGACUUUCCUCGCGUAGUCUCGGAGACAAUUGCUGAUGGAAAGAGAAACGGGGCCGAGUUCGUCUGCAAAGCUGAGAAGAGGCGAUCGAGAAGAGGAUGUGAAGGUUAUCGAGUGGGAAGAGUUCGACCAUGAGCUCACUCGGUUGUGGAGUCUUUCCUCUGCUCUGAAGUUAGCCACAGAGAAGAAGCUUAGCCUACAGCCCAAACUCGAGUCUCUUAUUCAGCCCGCGGAUUAGCGGGCGGCCAAAUUUCGGGCAGGUUAGUGCUGAUUCAUUGAGACGCGCUAAUGAGCUUGAAGAAAUGCGUCAGAGGCUGGAAGCAAGAAAAUUGCUGGUGGAGAAGACAUCAGCUGCUUGCAAAGUCACCGAGCAGGAUGUUAAAGUGAAAGAGGAUAGUCUCAGUGCAGAAGUGAGAUCUUUGCUAGUUGGCGGCACAACCCUUUCAAUCGCUAAAAGCAAAUUGCAGGAGUCGAACUGCCAACUAGAAGGAGAGAGUGGUUAUACUCAUCUAAAGAUUGUAACGAAUAAGCUGAGAAAGAGGCAGCAGUACAUGGUAUCCCAAGUUUCUUUUAUCUAUCCCUUAAAGAUUGAGGCUGGACCUUCACAAGACCAAGAACUGGAGUCACUUCCAGGUGGCAGUAGAUUAGGAACUAAGCCUGUGAGUCAAGGAUCCGUGAGAAUCCUGGGGUUGCCUUUUAGUAUGGCCCCGUUUACAAAGAUGAGCUUCUUCACUGACAAGAAAGAAGUUCAGAAGUCGGCAACUGCCCUAGGAUAUGUAGCUCAUGCUGUGUCCCUAUUAGCUUCUUACUUGGGAGUGCCUAUCCGUUAUCCUUUGCGCCUAGGUGGUUCCAAAACGUAUAUUCGAGACUAUGCACCUUACAUUGAGCCUUCGUCAUCAGACAUGUCUGCGAUCUCCACUCUUUCCCAAAACUCUAAGUUUGUAGAAUUCCCUCUGUUUUUGGAUGGGCAAGAUACAACUCGAGCUGCCUACGCUGUCUUCUUAUUGAACAAGAACAUCGAGCAGCUCCUGAACUUUGUUGGGGAAAACAGUCUAGGACCACGUCAGGUUCUAGCUAACCUCAAGGAGCUAAUCCGAAUCAUCCAGUCACCAGAUUAUAUACAUUCUUGACAAUGGAUGAUGAAGAUAUCCAACACUGUUUUUUUUCUUCCUGUAGAUGAAUCAACUACUUCUCACACAGCUUCACUGUCUCUUACUUUUUUUUUUUUUUGCAUCUUCUCAAGUGGACAGUUUUUGGGGAUAAAAGGUUAGGUUUUUGUAAUCGUCAGAGAACGCAUACACAGGGACAUUCUAUUUAGAAUGAUACUUAUCUCUGUAAGUGUGAUACUUUUCCUGGUUUGGAGAUAGUAAAAGAAAGUCUAGUUCUUAUAAGUC